AUGGAACUUUUAUUGAUUUUAUCCGUGGUUGUCGCGGGAUAUGCUUUUGAUAAAGCAUCUUUCUAUGGAGCCAGUUACAUUUCAUACCCACUACAAGAGGCCAAAGGUGUGACUGAUAUGAGCUUUCGUUUUCGUACACAUCUUGCGGACGCCCUCUUACUUCUUGCUGCCGGCAAAACGGACUAUUGUAUGAUACGUCUAGAGGGCGGCAGACUGAAAUUACACAUUAACCUUGGUGCGGGCGAGAGUGAGCUGUCGUCUCCCAAGGGGAUACACCUGAAUGAUUCUCAGUGGCAUCAUGUCAGCAUCAUUCGCCGUGAAGCCAACCUUACUAUGAAGGUUGACGAAACAGCAGUUAAGAAAAGACUGCCAGGACGUUUCUUUGAGUUAAAUAUUCAUUUCGGUAUCUUCCUUGGAGGCCAGGGUGACUUCUCCGAGCUCUUCUUGGGCCACAUGGAAAACUUCCGUGGUUGCAUGGAAGAUGUUUACUACAAUGGUGUAAAAAUCAUUGAAAAAGCUCGCAGCCGCUCUGGCUCAGUCCAUGUGGAAGGUGUAACGUGGAACUGCGCUCCAGAGUUUGAUGCCGACUUAAAUUCGGACAUCAGUUUCGUUGAUGAGGGUGCCUACCUUAUAUUGCCGAAGAUAAACUCCAGAGCCGGAGGAAAAUGGCAAAUAGAAUUUAAAACUAUAGCACAGAAUGCGAUAAUUCUAUACAAUGCUGGGGGCGGUCGGGGAUCUGAUUUCCUGGCUGUGGAGAUCUUAGAAGGCGUGAUACGGGUCAAAAUGGCUCGUGGUCAGAUUGUGCACACAGUGAGGGUCAAUGAUGGACAGUGGCACAAGAUGCAUUUAUCAUUUUACCCUUCUAUGAUUGAGCUGACGGUGGACAACAUAGCGAUGCAUACGCGGAUAGAGAGCGGCGGCACGAGGUAUCUAGACCUAUCAGACUCCUUCUACCUCGGGGGUAUAGACAGUGAGAAGCAACAGAGAGCUUUCACGAAGGGCAUCAAAGCUGCUGACUCCAGUAUCAUGGGUUGUAUAAAGCCAAUAGAAGUGGACGAGAAAAUCUAUGGGCUUCCAAACGCCGUGGUUACUUACGGUGUAAGUCCUAAGUGCGUGUGGUGGUAUCCUUGCCACUCGAGUCCUGGCAACCCACCCUGUGUACCACAAGGCGUCUGUGAACAACAUGGCGUCGAUCACUUCACUUGCAAAUGUGACUCGGAUCUGUGCAUCAACCCGGAUUACGCUGAGAAAUAUAAGGUAUUCUCAAAAUCAAGCAGCGAACUAGAGCUUGUAGCACUGUUUCCUCUCACCGUACAAGAAGGUGGUGUCUCAGUAAUAACUACACAGAAUAUAGACGUGGUCCUUGACCACCACAAGUACGGUGUGCGACCGUCAGGCGUAGUACUACACGUCGCUCAGUCACCACAACAUGGGAGGAUAGCCAUCGACCUCUCUCUUCAAAGAAAUUCGCAACAAUACAACUUUAUUGAAGGAGAAACGAAAUCCAAACAGUUCUUUACACUGCUUGACUUGUCUCGGGAUAAGGUUCGCUACGUUCACGAUGGUUCAGAAAACCAUCAAGAUGCAAUUGUACUAGACAUGGAACUGAUCCCUGAGACAAAGUUCACACUGCCUAGUUAUCUUCAAGGGAGAAACACCUUCGUUUUACAUGUCAACGUCACGCCGGUCAACGACCCGCCCGUGCUCAACCUAUUGCCGGGGAAAGUCUUGAGGCUAACUCAGGGCACUCGUAAAGUGAUCACUUCAGAUAUACUGAAGGCUGAGGACCCGGACACAGCGCCCGAAGACCUCUUGUACACAGUACUACAUGGCAAGAAUGAAGCUAAUAGCGGCCACAUUGAGAUGUCAGGUCAACCAGUGGACUCCUUUACUCAGCAGGAUAUAGAUUCAGGAGUCAUAUCGUACGUGCACGGGACUACAAACGACAAGCAACUUAACAAGACCUCGCUUAGGCUGACUUUACAAGUUUCCGACGGUAUUGAGACAAGCGGGCCUGGUAUCUUACGAAUAUCUGUAGUGCCUUUACAAGUCCGACUAGUCAACAAUACAGGGUUGCAGUUGGUACACAAUUCUUACGCCAUCAUCUCAGCUGACAACCUUACCUUCACAACCAAUGCUGAUGAAACUAAUGUACAAGUAAAGUACGACAUAGUGAAGCCGCCACAGUUUGGCGUAGUGGAACGUCUACGAGUGUUGGACGGUACCUGGCAGACUGUGGACUCGUUUACUAGUGAAAUGGUGACGUUUGGUCGAGUGCGAUAUAUGCAUCUACUUGGAAACCCUUCGCAUGACGAGUUUAAGUUCAAAGCAUCAGUGGGAUCAAUACGAACGAACACACUCUACGAUUUUCGACUAACGUUUAUAAAACUCGAACUAUAUCAAUCAGUGAACGAAGAACUAGUUCUCAAUAACACAAGAGAGGCUUUCAUAUCGUCUCAGCACCUCACGUUUAAGACUAACCCUCUAGCACUACCGAGCGACCGUGUCGUUUAUACAAUACUGAGAGCUCCCAAGUAUGGUAUUCUGCAUUUAUCAUCAGGCAAACAUCACUUACAAAUGCAUAGUACUUUCACGCAACAGCAUAUCGAUACAGACCAGCUGUGGUACAGACUACAUAGGAGAGCGUACUCCCACAUCCAAGAUGAGUUUACCUUCGUAGUGGGGGCUACAGAAUGCAAAAACAUCACGGGCGUGAUGACUAUACGACACACCCCCGGCACUCCCUCCUCUGAUCGAACGGAAGGUCGAGUCCACACCACGUUAGAACGCCUUCAAGUCACUGAAGGUUCUAGAAUGGUCAUACCAGCCACCCACCUCAAUUUCCGCACAGACGCAGUAACUAACCUAAUAUUCAACAUCACACAUUUACCGAAGCAUGGAAAAAUCGAAGUGAUCAACGAUAUCCUAAAAAUAGCGCGGGAUAACACGACGUAUUUCACUCUGGAAGAACUUAAUUCUGACAGAGUGUAUUACGCUCACGACGACUCCGAGAGUCGACACGAUUCGUUCCAUUUUAUGGCUCUGAGUCCGGAACCCGAAGACUUCCAAUACGUUGGGGUGUUCCACAUCGAUAUUAUAUUGAAGAACGAUAAUAGUCCCGUGAGGGCUAACGACAAUGUAUUUCACAUCGUCCAUGGAGGGGCGAGACUCAUCACGGCUCGAGAUUUGAGCUACACAGACGCAGAUUUAGACACAAAACCAUCCGAUAUUAUAUACACAGUUCAAAGAUAUAUAAAGGAUCCCCCGAACGGUGGUAUAUUCCGCGCAGAUAAUCCUUCCGAGCAAAUAGCGCAGUUUUCACAAGACGAUAUAAAUAAGAACUUGGUGCUAUUCAAGCAUCAAGGUAAAGAAUACGGUAAAAUGGCUUUCUGGAUAUCGGAUGGCUUAUUUGAUGUCAACGGUAACUUGGAAAUACAGGCGUCGCCUCCCUUCAUAAGAAUGUACCCCAGUAACGGAUCGAUUGUGGAAAAUGGAAAAGCUGUUGUUAUUUCAUCAAGAGAUAUGCAGGUCGACACCAAUAUGAACUGCUUAGAAGAAGACAUACGUUACGAAAUCACGUUGGAACCGAAACACGGAACUAUCGAGGUCGGAGAAGGUCAAGGAGCGUUUACAUUCACACAGCUGGAUGUGACAGCCAGCAGAGUUGCUUACAGACAUAGAGAACCGAAGACUCCGACUGAUCAAUUCAGAUUCAAAGUGAUGUGUCUGGACACUUGGGGCGAAGGUGUGUACGUGAUAAAGAUAUUCCCGUCCAGUUACUGGGAACCGUUGCGGGUGACGACUAACUUACCGCUCGUGGUCGAAGAAUCCACCAGUGUGAAUGUAACAAAGGAUAUUUUAGAGGUAAUGCAUCCUCAAAUCGAACCAUCAAACAUAGUAUACCAAGUAACAGACGGGCCCUACCAUGGAUGGCUUGAAAUCACCACUACACCGGGCACUCUAGAGCUAGAGAACUAUAAUGAAGAACCAGUGCACAUUAAAGUAUUCGACCAAUCGAUCAUUAACGCUAACCGACUGGUUUACGUCCAGUCAGGGGUUAACCGAACUCGGGACAGAAUACGAAUGGACGUGACUAAUGGAAUUGUAUGGUUACGAGACGUAGAACUAAACGUCGUUAUAAUCCCUGAACAUUUCUACGUACAUGCCUUCAAUCUUACUGUUGUCGAAGGCGAAGCUGUUAGCGUGAAGCCAGAUUUGUUCAGAACAGUCACAGAAUAUUACAAAGGUAAAGUGGUUGCAUAUAAAGUUGUCGAAAAACCGAAGUACGGAAAGAUUGUGAUGGCGGAUCAGGAGCUGAAUUUGUUGCCGGUUUUGAAACUUAAUUCUGGAAAUAUUCAGUACAUAAACGACGGCUCAGAAGAAUCAUCAGACGCAUUCAAGUUGGUAGCCAUGACGGAGAGCAGUAAGGAGAGCGAGCCGUUCUACGUGCACGUGAACAUAGCGCCGGUGAACGAUGAGCCCCCGAUCGUGGCGGCCAACACUGGGCUCUGUGUUUGGGAGGGAGGCACAUUCACUUUCACUACAAAAGAACUUUAUGUGAAUGACAUAGACACUCCUCCCGAGAAUGUGACAGUGCGCGUAGUGGACAUCGUAUCUGGGUACAUAGCUAUACAAGGCAGCCUCGACACCGCUGUACAUCACUUCACUCAGGCUGACAUCGAUAGGGGAAAAGUUGUGUUCGUUCAUAAAAACGGCACAAAAGGUAAAAUGAUAUUCAACGUCACCGACGGGCUACAUGAGCUAUCCAAAAUCACAUUCCUCAUAACCACCAAGUCAGUAUCACUUAAACUAACAAGAAAACAUAACAUGAAGGUAUUUCCACUCAUGAGAGAACCUUUAAACAAUUACAUGUUAAUGUCUAAAUGCUCCGAUCCAACGAGAACUAUAAUAUACAAGAUAGAACGAGCUCCUACUUUAGGUAGACUUAUAAUGCUGAAUGGAGAAAGCCACCACAGAUCUAUAAAGCAGUUUACCCAACAGGAUAUCAACAACACAGUCGUGUAUUACGAACACACUCAUCCUUUCUCAGAUUUGUACACGAACGACUCAUUCAUAUUCACCAUCGAAGCCCCCCUAGCAAAACCGCUCACUGAUCAAAUUUUUAACAUUGACAUUUCGGUGUCGUCUGGAGGGCUCGCUAAAUACGUCAAUAUACCUCCCAUAAAAGUCCAGGAAGGAGAUAAAGUGCCUAUCAAAGUAAAUGUUAGUAAUGUUAUCACGUAUUUAGAAACUCAAGCUGGGUUGAGGCAGCCUCAGAUUGAAGCUCAAUGGUCACAACCGUCCCAUGGAGAGCUAAAACCCUUCAUGUCUUCUUUAACCCAGUCUCAAAUUGAAAGCGGAGUUGUGAACUAUGAACACGAUGAUUCAGACACAACACAGGACAAAAUUGACAUGGCGCUGUUCCUUCUACCUGACUAUGUCCUUCUAUGUAACGUGAGCAUCAUCAUACACAUAACCCCGGUGAACGACCAACCGUUCCGCUUACUAACUGACACGCCACAAAUACAAGUGGUACAAGGCGAGAAUUAUACCAUCACCAAAAACGAUUUACUCACCGAAGAUGCUGAUACCGGACCACCAGGAAUUCUAUACGACAUUAUAAGCGGGCCAACGCAAGGCAGAAUGGUGAUGUUGGAUAAAAACCAGACAAUAGACGAUGCACAUUCGAUUAACAAGUUCACACAAGACGACAUAAACAACGGCAGGGUGAUAUACGAACAUUCCGGAAUACUUCAAACAGCUACGUUCUAUUUUAGGGUGUGGGACGGACAAUUCAAGCCAACGUACACAGUAUUUACUAUAGAUGUCAUUCCAGUCAUUCUCAAUGCAACGUCAUUGCAUCCUAUAUACCUGCAACAGGGUUCCAAUGUAGCAGCAGUCACUACAGACCAGAUAUACGUGGACACCAAUGCAAAGACAUCAAAAGUUCUGUACAAUAUCACUCGGCAGCCACUCCAUGGUAUGGUGUAUGUCGGUAGGAAUCCAGUCUCAUACUUCACCCACAAAGAUUUGAUGGAGAAAGUCGUGAUUUACAUGCAAAACGACAUGACGACUGCUAAUGAUAGUUUUGACUUGAUCGCCUACGUACACAAUAGUAAUGCGACGCGGCCAUUCACGAUAGAAGUUAUUGUACAACCUUUGAUGACAUUGGGUGACUUACGAGUGGAAGUGGAAAAGGCCAGGAUCACACUUCGCACAAUGGACGCGGGUGGACUGGCGAAGCUUACAGCCAGUGAUCCUGUGUAUACUUUACUGAGGAAACCUCGAUUUGGGACACUGAAGAAGAUAAUUCGUAGUUCAGGGGAGAAAACUAGUGCUAGGGAAAGAGAAGUAGCGUAUUUUACACAUGAAGAUGUGAAAGCGGGUGUAAUAUACUUCGUAACUAAGAAGAAGGUGAAUGAACUGAAUGGGUUCGAGGAUAGCUUUAGGUUUUUGUUGGCUGCGACAAUUUUCCAGCCGGCAGUCGGCGAUGUGAAGAUUAUUAUAGGAAACAGACAGAAGAAGAAUCUGCCUGGGCCAAAUGAUCCUGAGAGCCACGAAGGAGUUCCUGUAGCAAAUGGCGAAACAGCCUCAUACUACAUGAUGAUCCUGAUGGCAUUAUCAGGCACUGUACUCGCGAUAGUCGUGAUAUUCGGCUUGUUGAAGUGCAGGAGAUAUCUCAUGCGAGAUCAGAACGCUCUCGUGAAGAUACACGGGCAAAGCCAGGGCGCGGUGGCACCUAUACCGCUGCCGAGGCCACCCGAGCAUCUUAUGCCUUCGCCUUCACAAGGCACUCCGCCUAUAAAACGCUACGUGUCGUCUGAGCAAUCAGUACACACUGGUGCGAGCACGCCGCUUCCGUCAGGCGGUAGCGUAGCUUGCAAGGUGACUCCGCUCGCCGACGCUGCGUUACCCGACCUCAAUGCGAGGUAUCCUUAUGGAACUGAUGACCAUACUGAUUACGGGUCGUUACAGGCGGAAGACUGGAGUAGCUACGAGGCGAGCGAGUCUGCUUAUCCCGUGCGAGCGACGGGCGUGGCGCCCGCGAACCCAAUGCUACGGCGCAACCAAUACUGGGUCUGA